AUGGCGAGCGCAGCGCGGGGGCCGCGUGGGUUGGUGCCGCUCUGCGCGCUGCUGGCGCUGCUGGGCCCGGCGCGCGGCACGCACAUCAAGAAGGCGGAGGCGGCGGAGCCCGGCGAGGCGCUGCGGUACCUGCACGCGGCCGAGCUGGGCGAGGCGCUGCGGGAGCUGGCGGCCUCGGCCCCGCCGGGCCUCGCGCGGCUCUUCAGCAUCGGCGAAUCGGUGGAGGGGCGGCCGCUGUGGGUGCUGCGACUGACGGCGGGGCUGGAAGCGUCCCGGGCCGGCGAGGAGCCCGGCGGGCCGCCCAUACCCGGGCGGCCGCAGGUGAAGCUGGUGGGCAACAUGCACGGCGACGAGCCCCUGGCGCGGCCGCUGCUGCUGCGGCUGGCCCGGGAGUUGGUGCGGGGCUGGGCCGGCGGCGACGCGCGGAUCGGCCGCCUGCUGAACACCACCGACCUCUACCUGCUGCCCAGCCUCAACCCCGACGGCUUCGAGCACGCCCAGGAGGGAGACUGCGGCGGCGGCGGGGCGGGCGGCCGGGAGAACAGCCGCGGCCGGGACCUCAACCGCAGCUUCCCCGACCAAUUCGAGGCCUCCGAGCCCGACCUGGGCCCCGUGCCCGAGGUGCGAGCCCUCAUCGCCUGGAUGCGGCGCAACAAGUUUCUGCUCUCUGGCAACCUGCACGGUGGCUCAGUGGUUGCAAGCUAUCCCUAUGAUGACUCGCCCACACAUAAGCCCACAGGAGUCUACAGUAAAUCAGCUGAUGAUGAAGUGUUCAAAUAUUUGGCAAAAGCUUAUGCAUCACAUCACCCCAUAAUGAGGACUGGCAAGCCAAAUUGCCCUGGUGAGGAGGGAGAGACCUUCCCGGAGGGCAUCACCAAUGGUGCCCAGUGGUACGAUGUGGAAGGAGGGAUGCAGGAUUACAACUACGUGUGGGCUGACUGCUUUGAGAUUACACUGGAGCUGUCCUGCUGCAAAUACCCAAUGACCUCUGAACUCCAGCAGGAGUGGGAGAACAAUCGUGAAUCCCUCCUUUCUUUCAUUGAGAAGGUCCACAUUGGAGUGAAAGGUUUUGUCAGGGAUGCAGUCACCAAGGCUGGUUUGGAGAAUGCAACCAUUGUUGUUGCUGGCAUUGCUCAUAACAUCACAGCAGGCAGAUAUGGUGACUUCCACCGGCUGCUGGUGCCUGGGACCUACAACGUGACCGCCGUUGUGAUGGGUUACACACCACUGACCAGAGAAAACAUUGAGGUGAAGGAGGGAGAUGCAACAGAAGUGGAUUUCUUCUUGCAACCGACUGCGAUGGCUCCCAACCUCACACAGCUCACAGCAACACCUGCUCCUGCUUCUACCAUUGCCUCCACCGUGGUGCAGGCCGAAGCCCCGAGCCCAACCUCUCUCCAUCAGCCCAUCCAACCUGUGGACUUCCGCCACCACCACUUCUCAGAUAUGGAGAUCUUUCUGCGGCGCUACGCCAACGAGUUCCCCAACAUCACCCGGCUGUACUCCGCGGGCAAGUCGGUGGAGCUGCGGGAGCUCUACGUGAUGGAGAUCUCAGACAACCCUGGUGUCCACGAAGCAGGUGAGCCAGAGUUCAAGUAUAUUGGUAACAUGCACGGGAAUGAAGUUGUGGGGCGAGAGCUGCUGCUGAACCUCAUCGAGUACCUCUGCAAGAACUUCGGCACAGAUCCUGAAGUGACUGACUUGGUCCGGAGCACACGGAUCCACAUCAUGCCAUCCAUGAACCCAGAUGGCUAUGAGAAGUCCCAGGAAGGAGACAGAGGAGGAACCGUUGGCAGAAACAACAGCAACAACUACGACCUGAACCGGAACUUCCCAGAUCAGUUCUUCCAGGUGGCAGACCCUCCACAGCCUGAAACUCUGGCUGUCAUGAGCUGGCUGAAGACUUACCCAUUCGUGCUUUCAGCAAACCUGCACGGAGGUUCUUUGGUGGUUAAUUACCCCUAUGAUGACGAUGAACAAGGAAUGGCCAUAUACAGCAAAUCCCCAGAUGAUGCUGUGUUUCAGCAGCUGGCGCUUUCCUACUCCAAGGAAAAUAAAAAGAUGUAUCAGGGAAGCCCGUGUAAGGAUAUGUACCCCAACGAGUACUUCCCACAUGGCAUCACAAAUGGGGCCCAGUGGUACAAUGUUCCAGGUGGGAUGCAAGACUGGAAUUACUUAAACACAAACUGCUUUGAAGUGACCAUUGAGUUGGGCUGUGUGAAAUACCCAAACGCAGAGGAGCUCCCAAGGUACUGGGAGCAGAACCGCAGGUCCCUCCUGCAGUUCAUGAAACAGGUUCACCGUGGGGUCUGGGGCUUUGUGCUGGAUGCCACGGAUGGAAGGGGCAUUCUCAAUGCCACCAUCAGCGUCGCUGAGAUCAACCACCCAGUGACCACCUACAAUGAUGGAGACUACUGGCGCCUCUUGGUGCAGGGGACGUACAAAAUCACAGCAUCUGCACGAGGGUACAAUCCUGUCACUAAGAUGGUGACAGUUGACAGCGAAGAUGCGGUGCAAGUCAACUUCACUCUUAAACGGACAGAUGCCAAAGUGGAGGAGGGGAAGGUGCCAGUCCUGAAUAUCCCAGACACCAGCGACCCCAAUGAGAAGGAGUUUGAGACUCUGAUCAAGGAUCUCUCUGCUGAGAAUGGUGUGGAACACCUCCUGCUUUCCUCCUCAGGGAAAGUCUCUCCUUAUCGAUACCGCCCUUACAAGGACCUCUCCGAGUUCCUCCGAGGCCUCUACCUGAACUACCCACACAUCACAAAUCUCUCCAGCCUGGGUCAGAGCGUUGAGUUCCGUCAGAUUUGGUCCCUUGAAAUCUCCAACAAACCCAACCAGUCUGAGCCUGAGGAGCCCAAGAUCCGCUUUGUUGCUGGGAUUCAUGGGAACGCUCCUGUUGGUACCGAGCUGCUCCUGACACUGGCAGAAUUUCUUUGCAUGAACUACAAGAAGAACGCUGCUGUUACAAAGCUGAUUGACCGAACACGGAUUGUGAUUGUGCCAUCCCUGAACCCAGACGGACGUGAGAUAGCACAGGAGAGGGGCUGCACCUCCAAGAUAGGCCAGACUAAUGCCCAUGGCAAAGAUCUGGACACAGACUUCACAGGCAAUUACUCCAGGUAUUCAGGAACACAAGAGCCUGAGACCAAAGCCAUAGAGAACUUGAUAUUGAAGCAAGACUUCAGCCUCUCUGUUGCACUAGAUGGUGGAUCUUUGCUUGUCACUUAUCCCUAUGAUAAGCCAGUGCAGACAGUGGAGAACAAAGAAACACUGAAGCAUUUGGCAUCUGUAUAUGCAAACAACCAUCCAUCGAUGCAUUUAGGCCAGCCAGGCUGUCCAAAUAAGUCCGAUGAGAAUGUUCCUGGGGGUGUGAUCCGUGGCUCUGAAUGGCACAGCCACCUGGGAAGUAUGAAGGAUUUCAGCGUUACAUUUGGUCACUGUCCUGAGAUCACUGUUUAUACCAGCUGCUGUUACUUCCCCAGCGCGGGGCAGCUCCCUGGCCUGUGGGCAGAGCACAGUAGGUCUCUCCUUAGCAUGCUCGUGGAGGUUCACAAGGGAGUCCAUGGAUUUGUCCAAGACAAGAGUGGCAAGGCAAUUUCUAAAGCUGUCAUUGUUCUUAAUGAAAGUUUGAGGGUUUGUACUAAAGAAGGUGGCUAUUUCCAUGUGCUGUUGGCUCCUGGUUUGCAUAACAUCAAUGCUAUAGCUGAUGGGUAUCAACAGAAGCAUAUGCAGGUCUUGGUACGCCAUGAUGCACCCAGCUCUGUGUUCAUUGUAUUUGACAUGGAAAACAAGAUAUUUGGUCUGCCACGGGAGCUGGUUGUAACGGUUGCAGGUGCAAGUAUGUCUGCUCUGAUCCUCACUGCCUGUAUCAUCUGGUGUGUCUGCUCAAUUAAGUCCAACAGACACAAGGAUGGCUUCCACCGCCUGCGGCAGCACCACGACGAUUAUGAGGAUGAAAUCCGCAUGAUGUCCACUGGCUCAAAGAAGUCCCUCUUGAGCCACGAAUUCCAGGAUGAAACAGACACUGAAGAAGAAACAUUAUACUCCAGCAAACACUGACACCUCUCUGACAGGAAAGGAAAUUUCCCUGGACUAGCCCCAGUGGGAGGGAGGGGUGAUCCCUCUGGAUCAUUUUUGAAACAUUAACUUGCAGGACUGUGUUUGAGUGGCAGCUCCUGACUUCCUUCUGCUGUUUGCUCUGUUCCUAUGUACAUGCAAAUCAGUGGGUGUUAGAGGCUGUGUUUGGGUUAAGGGCAUGGUUUACGUUUUUAGGGCAAGGUCUGAAGGUUCACAUGAUGCUGACUGAAAGGUGAUGUAGCAGGUUGGCCAGCAGAGUUCCUAACACUUCCCCAGCAUCUCAACACAGUGAGCAGAUGAUGGGGAAGUGUCCCAAGACCUGUGUAGGGUCAUAGUCACAACACUCUGAAGUGGUAUCUACUUGUUUUGAUUUCAUUUUUCUUACUGUACGUGGUGGAAGCCUUGAUCCAUCACCAACUCCUUUCUGCAGAGCAGCCCUUGGAAACAGCCUGUACUUGCUUCUCAGCUGCUCCCUUGGAGCUUUUCCCUACCUUGAGAUGCUGUGCUCAGCCACACUCUGCAAUGGUUGUGGAGCACCUCUAAUGUGUUGCUUGUUCCAAGCAGUGAUUUGGCAUCCUGAGGGCUGGGGGAGAUACAUCAAUUCUUGGUGUGAACUGGAGGAAGGAGCAAAUGUCAGAACUCUGACCAAGUUCAGCAGCUUGUCAGCUCUGCAGAACUGCUGUUCCUGGUUCUGGGGAAGAAAAUUUCUGUCCCCGUGAAUCCCUGGUUGCAUCUCAUUUAUGUGGACUUGGCUUUUGGAGUCUCAUGUUAGUGUUGCAGCAGUGCAGUGUCUGAAAGCACAACUGGAGGUUGUUCUGAGCAUUAUUGGAGUAGCAGAGAGAGGGUAUCCAUGGCCUGACUUUGGUCUUGACUUUUGAAGAGCAGCUGCACCCUCUGCUGUUGUCCAUUUAAUACCACUUAGUGAUCAGAGCACUUGGAAAACAAUCUCUCAUCAAGCUCUGGUGAUGCUAGGCACCAAAUUAGCCUGCUGGCCUAACUUAGUUCUGCUACUACAGUGUCCCUGAAGUAUGUAGCAAGAGCUCCACCUGCUUGUACGUCUGCAGUGUGCUGUGGAGGCCUGAGUGCAAGGCGCGAGGAAGGGCUGAGUGGCUGUGCUGGAGGGAAAAGCAGCCAAAUUCUCUUCUGGAGCACUUAAGUAAUUGGAAAGAGGAGCUGCAGUGUGCAUCCUGAAGCUGCAUUGAGUUUGUGGGGCAGCGAAGAGGUGCCCAGAAGGGCAGGAUGCCCAAGACAUUUGAUUUCCAAAGCCUUCAUAUAUUUCUGAAGUUCUCGUGCUUUCUGGGCAGAAGUCUGGGGUUAGAAUGUAGGCACUUGUUUCCUUGCUGCUCGUUCUUUUUUGUUUAUUUCUUAUACCCAACGGACCGAACUCUGCAGUGCCUGGAGCACUCACUGCCUUGGAUAUCCAGCGUACCCUGAUCUGCCUCCAGCAGGCCAGGGAGGUCUGCUCUUGAGAUGUGCAUGGGGCAGUGCUGAGCGUUUGCACCCAAAUGUGUGAUGAGGGCUCUGGAGGAACAGCGCAGUAAAUUCCCUGUCCCAGGCUGCUGGUCCCAAUUUUGCAAGGAACCCACGGGUGGUAGAUGCCUCUCCAGAGCCACGGGGCUGUGGCUGUGCCGAAGGUUUUGGCAGCUGCCUGGAAGGGUGAAGAUGACCCUUGGGUGGCCGCAGACCUUCUUCCCUCAUCUGUGGUGUUGGUAUAAGGGCAAGAAGCACACGGUGAGAUCUGGCUGGAGCAGCGCUCUGGGAACAGGGAGGUGAUCAUCCACACUGCUAUCCUGCAUCGCUGAGGUGUGAAUGAACCCCUCGGUGCCUCUGCCCUGCAGAGCCCACGCGGGGUCCCAGCUCCCUGCUGGGUUUGGUGCUGGACUGUGACUUAAGCAGCUCCUGGAGCGCCGCGUGGGCAGCAGAGCCGUCCCCAGCAAUAAGUCCUUGGGAACCAACACACGGGAGGUGAGCGGGGCUGAUGGGGCCGAUGGUUCUGUAGCCGUGUGAGACUCCUCUGUGCCGCAGUGGUGCUCAGCGUGCCGAGGAGCCCAUCCGUCCUUCUGUCCGUCCGUCUCUCUGUGGAAGCGUCCGCCUCACGCGCACUGUGCCUUCGCUGUACGUUUCCACGAGGACCUCGAAGCGCCCUUCCCCGGGAGGCAAGGGCCGGCGCUGCCCCGCACUGGGCCCUCGGGUCGUUUUUUACCUGUAUACCAAUAACCUGUAUAAAACUAUUUUGAUGUC